GGCCGCGUUUAUAUGGGAGCGGCGCGGGGAGCCUCCGAGUUCCCGCAGUUCGCCCGCUGCUGUGCAGCCGCCGUCGCCGCCUCGGCCCGGCACCCGCCGUCCCGCCGGGAAGGAGUCGGGACCGUUUCGGAUUUCAAGCAGACGGCCCUCUCCUAUCUAGUCGUGGCUUUUCCAAACCCUCCGAGGAGAGCGGGAUCUUUCGGUCCUUCCUGUAUAUCCGACCAUUACAGGAUCUAGAAAUGUCGACGACACUUUUAUCUGCCUUCUACGACAUUGACUUCUUGUGCAAGACGGAGAAGUCCCUGACCAACCUCAGCAGCAUGCUGGACAAGAAAGCCGUGGGGACCCCGGUGACCCCUCCCAGCUCCAGCUUCGCGCCGGGCUUCCUACGGCGGCACUCGACCAGCAACCUGGCGGCGCUGGCCGGCGGCUCCAAGUUCCCCAGCCCUACCGGCUCCAGCUCUUCUUCUACAUCCUCCUCCUCGUCAUCGUCCUCCUCCUCCUCCUCGUUCGGCAAUCUGAAGGAGACGGGCUCCGGCGGAGGCGGCGGCAGCAGCAGCCCCACGGCCCUGCUCAACAAGGAGAACAAGUUCCGGGACCGCUCCUUCAGCGAGAACGGCGAGCGUAGCCAGCACCUCAUGCAGCAGCUGCAGCAGCAGCAGCAGGCGGCCGGCAAGGGGAGCGGCUCCGGCGGCGGCGGCGGGGCCCCCAUCAACUCGACGCGCUACAAGACGGAGCUGUGCCGCCCCUUCGAGGAGAGCGGUGCCUGCAAGUACGGCGAGAAGUGCCAGUUCGCCCACGGCUUCCACGAGCUGCGCAGCCUCACCCGCCACCCCAAGUAUAAGACCGAGCUCUGCCGCACCUUCCACACCAUCGGCUUCUGUCCCUACGGCCCGCGCUGCCACUUCAUCCACAACGCAGACGAGCGCCGCCCGCCGCCGCCGCCGCCGCCCGGUGGCCGCCUGGACGCCGCCCUGCUGGAGAGCCCCGGCGGUUCGCGCACGCCGCCGCCGCCCGCCUCCGCCUCCUACUGCGAGGAGCUGCUCUCGCCGCCCUGCGCCAACAACGCUUUCGCCUUCUCGGGGCAGGAGCUGGGCAGCCUCAUCGCUCCCCUCGCCCUCCACACUCAGAACUUCGCCGCUGCCGCCGCCGCGGCCGCGGCCGCCGCCGCCUAUUACCGCUGUCAGCAGCAGCCGCCGCCGCCGCCCGGCGGGGCCUGCCCGCCGCCCCCCGCCUCGCCGCCCUUCAGCUUCCAGCCCCUCCGCCGCCUCUCCGAGUCGCCCGUCUUCGACGCGCCGCCCAGCCCGCCGGACUCGCUCUCCGACCGGGAGAGUUACCUGAGCGGCUCCCUCAGCUCCGGCUCCCUCAGCGGCUCCGAGUCGCCCAGCCUGGACUCGGGCCGCCGCCUGCCCAUCUUCAGCCGCCUCUCGAUCUCCGACGACUGAGGGAGGAUGGGGCAGCGGCCGGGGGGGCCCGCGGCGUCCGUGCAAGUAAGUUACCGAGCGAAGAAAGCGAAACCUCUCCUUCCUCUCUAUUUUUGGUUUUGUUUUUUCUUUUAUAUAUCUAUCUAUCUAUACACCGAGAGCUGAACAAAACGAGAAACAAAGCAUUUUGCAAAAGGGCAAAUGACACGAACUGAACAAACCUAUUUUUAUAGAGAGACCUUGGAAGAAGGGGAUUUUUGUUUUGGGGUUUUUUUGUUGUCGUUCUUUGGAGACAAGUUAUGAUACGCACCAGCAGCAGCCAUUCCAUCUGUGUUCGAAAAAAAAACAAACAACAAACAGCAUUAGAAAAGACAGCACCAGAAAGCAACAAACAAUCUGAGGAGCGUCGGUCCACCAGCCCAGCUCCUCCAAUCCUGCAGACACAGAAAGUUACAAACUAGUUUCUUUCAAUCCAGUUAAAAAAAAAAAAAAAAUAAACACAGAACAUACUAAACCUAUAAGCUUUUUUUUUAGGAAAAAAAAAAAAAGAAAAAUCCAACAUCCUGCCAAGAAUAUGCCUUGAUAACAACCUUUUUUAUAUAUAUCUAUAUAUUAUUAUUAUAACAAAUGCUAAAACCUUCAUUCCAAAGUUUAAUAUUGGUUCCAUUGCCACCACUUAGUGGAUGUUUGGCUUAGAACAAUUUUUCGUUGUUGCUUUAUUUGGAAGCACUCAACUGAGUUUAGUUUGUAAUUGUUGGAGAAUAACUGCUGAUUUUUUAAAAAUUUUUUUUAGCUGUUUGAGUUGAUUGCAUGAAUGAGUCACUGCACACAACUCAAUAUGAAACUAUUUAACUUAUUUAUUAUCUUGUGAAAAGUAUACAUUGGUAAUUUGUUCAUACUGUAUUUAUCGGGUAUGAUGAAAAGCAAUAGAUAUAUAUUCUUUUAUUAUGUUUAAAUUAUGAUUUUCAUUAUUAAUCGGCAAAAUGUGGAGUGUGUUCUUUUCACAGUAAUAUAUGCCUUUUUGUAACUUCACUUGGUUAUUUUAUUGUAAAUGAGUAAAAUUCUUAAUUUAAGAGAUGGUAUGUAAUAUUUAUUUCAUUAAUUUCUUUCUUUGUUUACGUAAAUCUGAAAGAUUGCAUGGUUUCUUUAUAGAAAUCGGUCUCGAUGCUGUGGAGGUAGUUUGCGGAAUUUCUAUGGGUUUUUUUUAGAAUGUAAAUGGUUGUAGCCCGUCCGAGUUGAAAAAUGAGAGAGAAAAAAAAGAAAAAAAAAGACUGACCUAGCAAUCAGACUUCAAAGUGGCAAAUCUAAUUCAGAUUCUUGUUAAAAAUAACCAAAAAGUAUUUUUGUUGCCUAACUCCACGAAUCACACUGUGAUAUAGUCUCAAAGUAUGUAGCAAUAAUUGGGGGUCCCAGUAUUAUGUCUCACAGUGCCUUCUUGAGGGUCCAUGCUUGCCUUAAAUAUCUCUCAACCAAAUAAGUAUUUUUCCUAAUGCUUGAGAUAAUUUGAAUGUAGGGAUGGGUUUUAAGUACAGCAAAAUUUCGCCACUCUAUUUUGUAAGAACAGAGGCCAUCUUUGGAUCUGAAACUUUCUAUAAUACAGGAACAUAUCUUGUUUAUUGAAUUCCAAAACCUGUAACUUUUUUUUUUCCUAAUGUAGAAAGUUGGGAGUUUUCCAAAAGUUUCCUGGACGGUGGAUGAAUGAGCAGUAGCUUAGUUUUGUUUGUGCAUAGGUACAGAUUGAGCACUAUGUACUCUUUUGGACUACUUUAACAGAAGUAUGUUUUGAAUGUAACUAAAGGAUAAGUCAACUUGAGUUGUAAUAUAUUUUUCGGGAGUCAGUUCACUACAGAUUAUGUGAGACUGUAAACUUUGUACUGUAAAUGUUUUGUAGUUCUCCCAAUAAAAUUUUU